UUUGAUUCGUGUACCGUACCAUGGAGUAUCAGAGUCCUGCAAAAUGGAGUUUGAGGCAAAUCUUCACCCAAUCGAUCAUCCAGUUGGAAAGUUUAGCGGAAACUGAUGUAGGGCGAAGUAAAGAAGCCGGUUUGUAUCUCGAAUCGGCCUAUUUAUCUCGCCGACAUGCAGUUUUUGUAGUGGACGUUGAUGGAAACCUAAUGCUCAGAGAUCUAGUCACUGCUUUUGGAACUUUCGUCAAUGGAAUAGCUUUGCCAUCAGGCGGCAACCAAGUACUGGCUCAUGGUGAUAUUGUCAGUUUUGGAUUGGCACAUUACGGGGAAGCUACCCCCCCAUUCCUGAAGAUGUGCUUCUUCGAAAUGAUUACACAUGAUCUGCAAUGCAAUGGUAGAUGUUGAAUUUGAAGCUGUCGAUAGUACCUAUAUAUACCACCUAAUUUCUAACAAAAUAAACAAAAUAUAAAAUUUAGAAUUUAAGUCUGAAGUUACUUGUACUUUAAAAUGUUGCAAUAAAAUUUUGAUAUGGGA